AUGGAUGAAGAUUCAAACAUCCCUCUAAUCUUAGGAAGACCCUUCUUGGCUACCGGAAGAGCGCUGAUUGAUUUUUAUGAUGGAAAGAUGAUUUUUCGGGUGGACAAUGAGCAAGUCAUAUUCAACAUGUUUAAGGCGAUGAAACAUCCACUGACUUCAGACACCUGUUGCCAAGUAGACAUUCUUGAAAAGUUGGUGGCAGAUACAUUUGAGACAGAGCAUCAAACAGUUCUUUGUGAAGCAGAAAUUACACAAUCUGGAGCAGCAAGUGUAGAAAAAACUGAAUUUAUUGUCAAUUUAGCGAAGCAACCAAUAGGAAGAAGACAUUGGCAGUAUGAAUCUCUUGGUGACAAUCCUUCACCCCUAGUACCUUCAGUAGAAAAGGCACCCACUCUUGAACUAAAGCCCUUACCUUCACAUCUCUGUUAUGCAUAUUUGGGAGAAUCUACAACACUUCCAGUAAUCAUUGCAAAUGACAUGACAAUGGAAGAGGAGAAUAAAUUGUUGGAGGUACUCAAGCAGCACAAAACGGCAAUUGGAUGGAUAAUAGCUGACAUCAGAGGAAUAAGUCCAACUCUUUGUAUUAUCUAUCCAAUCUCUGAUAGUUCAUGGGUGAGUCCAGUGCAUGUUGUGCCAAAAAAGGGUGGAAUCACAGUGGAGACGAACGACAACAACGAGCUGAUACCAACACGAUUAGUAAUAGGAUGGAGAGUAUGUACAGAUUACAGAAAGCUAAAUAAUGCAACCAGAAAAGAUCACUUUCCAUUGCCAUUCAUUGAUCAAAUGUUGGAGAGGUUGGCCGAUCAUUCUCAUUACUGCUUUCUGGACGUUUAUUUUGGGUAUAAUCAAAUAGUUAUUGCUCCAGAAGACCAAGAGAAAACAACCUUUACAUGUCCCUAUGGAACUUUAUGCGUUUAG